GGAAAGGACUGUAGUAGAAAGUGAAAACAGUAAUUAGUUUUUCUUUUGGGUCAUGAUUAAAACUAUGAUUAAGCAAAAAGCUUAGAAGAAAGUGGCACUGUCAAAAGAUGCUCAUUAAUUCUCUCACUCUCAGUACUACUGCUGCAAUUUUACUGAAACUUCACAGUGCGCAUGGAAUAGCAUGACCAGAAAAACAAACCAAAAGGAGGAGUCAGAGCUUUUCCCCACUUAAAAGAAUAUAAAAAUCUAAAAAAAUGCCCAAAAAAAAAACUCAAGAAAAGAAAAAUAAUAAUCAAUUAGUACUCUUAUUAUAAGAUUCAAUGAUAUAUAUAUAUAUAUAUCCUUCUCUGAAAUCUCAUGCUCCCCAUCUGCAAAAAAUAUACUCUUUAUAUACAUCCCCACCAAACUGACCAAAAAGCCUUAUCUUUUCAAACCCCUCCAUUACCUCUCUCCUUUCAACUAUAUAUAAUCUAUAUUUUAUUGGGUCUCUUUUCUUUUCUUAUAUUUUACAUGUUUAAAGUACUAUAUUAACAGUACUUUUUAGCAAUAUUAUAUUCAACCUUAUGUUCUUUCUAUCUAUAUAAGCACACCCUUUAACAACCAUAACCACUGUAUCAGCAUUUUGUGUCAUCUAAGAUAUAUAGUUCAAGUUUCCAUGAUACAGAAUUAAAGAGGGCGGUUAGGACCAGUACCAGAUUGUACACAGAGAGUAUUACACAAAGCUGAAGUCUGUUCCAAGCAUUGGCUCUAUUAUUUGCAAUCAAUAAAACAAGAAAAAGAAGAAGAAUUGCAGGCAAGUAAUUCCAGUCUAUUGGCUCCUUUGGCAUAUUAACUUGGCUGGCAGCUGCUGGAUCUGAAAUUAAUUGGCCGAAAAAAGGAUCAAUGGAGAGUUUGGGAUGGGAUGAUUCACAAGUCCUUACGAACACAUCAUCUUUAUGGAACAAUCCACAACAUGCAUCAAUUUUGUGGAGCAAUCAAGAAAAUCAAGAAACCUUGAUUGCUUCCAAUCCAAAUUCUUGCCUUUUUAGCGGCAAGAAUAUGGAUCUCGCAGACGACAUCUUCAAUCAAAUUCAAGGCUUCCAAAAGGCACAGACAUCACAGCUGAAUUCAAAUUCUGAUAGACGACAAGAGACAUCAACAUUAGUUGCAAAUACACUAGUUGCAAAAUCAGGAAAUGGAACAAGUUGGGUCGAUGCUUCGAAUCAAGAAUUAUUCUCUUCUCCUUUGAUCACUAUUAAGCCUUAUGCCACAACUGGUUUUGGAUUGAAUAAUCAAUCAAGAAUCAUGAAUGGCUUGCCAAAUGGAAAGGCUGGUGUUCCGACAGGCUCUCUUGAGUCUCUUGAUUGCUUACUCUCAGCAACUAAUAGCAACACCGACACUUCAGUCGAAGAUGAUGGGAUUUCGAUGAUCUUCUCUGAUUGUAGAAACUUGUGGAAUUUUAGUGCUAAUAGUGCAGCUUCAUCUGGAGAAUCAGAGAACAAUACUUCCAACGCAAGAAACAAAGAAAUGCAUUGUCCCGACGAAACUGUCUCUCAAAGUAUUUCUUCAGAUAAAAAAUGCUCUCAAACAUCUAAGCCUGUUUCUACGAAGAGAAGCAAUGAUCAAACUGAGCUAAAAGCGGAUAUUUUUGAUCUUCUCCAAACUAAUUCCUGUACUACACAAGGUGGUUUCAGGCUGAUUUCAGAGAAUCCAUCAAAGUCAAAGAGACUCAGAUCAGACAACAAGAAGCCAAGUUCAUCAAAUAUCAAUUUUCAACAGCCAAGUUCAUCAGUGUCUUCUUCAAUUGAGGAGCCUGAUCCUGAAGCAAUUGCGCAAAUGAAGGAGAUGAUUUAUAGAGCAGCAGCUUUUAGGCCAGUGAAUUUAGGAUUGGAAGUUGUGGAAAAGCCAAAGAGAAAGAAUGUUAGAAUAUCAACUGACCCACAAACCGUGGCUGCCAGGCAAAGAAGGGAAAGGAUAAGUGAGAGAAUUAGGGUAUUACAGAGGCUGGUCCCAGGUGGGAGCAAGAUGGACACUGCAUCAAUGCUUGAUGAGGCUGCAAAUUAUCUCAAGUUCUUAAGGUCACAAGUCAAGGCACUAGAAAAUCUUGGCCACAAACUUGAAGUGAAUUCUCCACCAACAAAUAUUGCUUUCUCUUCUUUACCAUUCAAUAGCCACCCUUUUCAUCCCAUGCAAACUCACUUUUCAUCACUCCAAAACCCUAAUCAUAUUCACCACCCUCAAAGUUGAAAAGCUAAUUUUUUAAAAACAAGAAAGAAGAGAAACCCGAUAGAAAACCCUAAUAAUGGAUUAUUAAUCAUGAUACUUAUCAUCAUUUCCGUCUCCAAAUGAUUAAGAAUCCAAAGCCCAUUUUCUAGCCCUAAAUUUAAACAAGUACAAAAGCUAAUCCAAGAUCCUUCUUUACCAUCAUCUUUCAUCAUUACAAUUCCUGUGAUCCAUAGUCAAAAAAGCUUCACCUAAUGAUAGAUUUUCUAAUUAUCAUCGUCAUGAUGACAUCCACCUUCCAGGAGCACAAGGGAAAAGAGCUUUCGUUAUUGUGCAGUUUCUAUUUCCUCUAUUGUUUUUCUGCCGCUUCCACUGUAAUAAUUAACAAAGUGGAAACGGUAAGAUGAUAGUGUGGAAAUGGUAAAAAUUGGCACGGAAGCAGUUUAGGGUUAUUACUGCCUUUUUUCAUACAAAAAGGCAUAGCAAUUAUAACACCUAUGAUUAAGAUCAAGGGCUAGAAAGUGAUUAGCACUUUAGCCUGCUUUUUAAUAGUUUGUUUAAUGUAUCCAAUGUACUUAAAAGCUCAUUUUUCUUGGAGAUCUUUUAUGAUGUUUUCUUUUUUAA